AUGACCGCACCUCCAUACUCACCACGCACCGUGGUCGAUGGCACCCCCUACUUUCCAGAACCGUACAGCCUUAAUCCGCUACCUGAUGACCUUCAAACCGGCCUCAUCCCCGUUGGCGUCCUGGCAUUGCUUUCAGUGCUGUCGACGUUGGUCCUGAUCACCUUCAUAAUCUUCCGCAUGGCAACAUGGAAGCUUCACUACCGGACCUUUCUGGGCUACAAUCAAUACGUGAUCCUCGUGCUCAACCUCUUGAUCGCGGACUUGCAGCAGAGCUCGGCUUUUCUGAUCAGCUUCCACUGGAUCCGCACCGGCAUGAUACUGGCGCCUUCAAGUCCUUGCUUUGCACAGGCGUGGCUCCUCCAUUCUGGUGAUGUGAGCAGUGGCUUUUUCGUGCUGGCCAUCGCACUGCACACCUUCUACACUGCGGUGCAUGGGAAGCGAGUGGGUCAGAAAACCUUUGCUACAACGGUCUUUUGCAUAUGGCUAUUCUCCUACUUCCUCACUGGGCUUGGUGUUGGGCUGCAUGGGGAGAAGUACUUCGUUCGAGCGGGUGCCUGGUGCUGGGUGUCAGAAGCAUACGAGAGCGAUCGUCUCGCCCUGCACUACAUCUGGGUCUUCCUGGUCCAAUUCGGCACCGUCGUCAUCUACAUCAUCACCUUCUUCAUGCUCCGACACAAAACCCGACAACUCUUCGCCCUCCACGCAGCGACCGGCGACCGCGGUAACGGGCCCAACAUCGCCACGAUCAAAUCCGUCAACCGCAUCACGAAACUCAUGACCCUCUACCCCUGCGUUUACGUCCUGCUCACCCUCCCCCUCAGCGCUGGCCGAAUGUGGAGCAUGGCCCACCACGCCACACCCUACAGCAACGCCUACGCAUGCGUGGCUGGCGCCAUGAUCACAAGCUGCGGAUGGGUCGACAGCCUCCUCUACACCCUGACCCGUCGAAAGCUCCUCCGCGACACCAUGCCGAAUGCUGGCAGCAGCGCUCGAAGGACCCGCGGAAGCGACUGGGACAACGAGCUUGGGAGCAAAGGCAUCACGCACACCCGGACAGUGACGGUUGAAGGCGGGCAAGUGAUGGAUACACUGGCGCCGAAGGACAGAGACUAUGCUCGGCCACCUUCGCACCCUUCGCAUUCACAUAACGUGUCGAGCGCGACGUGGGAACGACCGGCGAGUCCGACGGGCAGCAUUGACCCGAUAUUGUCUGGUCGCGUGACGCCGGCAAUGAAGAAGGAGGCCGAGGUGGGGACGAGUGAGAAGAUGAAAGAGGAUCCGGAGAAGUCGGAUCAGAUCACUGCGUUGCCAAAGGGGUGGGUGAGGCAUCGGGAUAGGUGA